CCAUAUAUUCAUACCCAAGAGAAUGCUUACUCUGAUGGUCUGUUAGUAGAUGGUGCUUUAAAGGAUGAAUCUUCUAACUAUGACUUUGGAAGAAUUUCUAAUGUCCAGAAGGUUUCGAGGUCUACAUCAGAAAUCAUGAUUUAAUGAAUGACUCACUUGAGUGUUCUGUGCCUUCCCUGAUGAGGCCUGUACUUGAAAAGUCAUACAAGGUUAUGAAAAAAAGAGCAAGCUUGUCAAACAUCCCACUUCCUCAGUCUGCGGCUUCAUUUUUUACAGGACAUUCAACACGAAUGGAAAUUGUAGAAUCCUGUGAAAACAUUAACAGGCUUAAUUUAUUUCUCAAAUCGAAAAGGGAUGAGGUUGAUGCUGGUGUUCCAGGAAGAUUCCUUCAUGCUGUUAUUGGGCAAGAUGUCCCUGAUGUUGGAUCUGUUGCUUCAGCAAUCAUGUAUGCCUAUUACUUGAAUGAAACACUAGGAAAUGAUCAGUUCUGUACUGUUCCUGUCAUCAACACAAAGAGGGCAGAGUUCAACUCACAUGCUGAAUUAAAAUGGUUGCUGGAUUCUAGUCAAAUCGAUCAGUCAUCCUUAAUCUUUAUUGACGAAAUUGAUCUAUCUUAUUAUGACUUGUUUGGGAGUCUUAAGCUAGUUCUGUUAAAUGGUUCCAAGCUUCCAAGUAAACAAGAGGCACUAAAAGAAUCAGUCAUCGAAAUCUUUAACAGCAAAAAGGCUGAAUCUGUGUACCCUUGGGUUGAGAAAGUCACAGUGGGGCAGGAAUGCUCAUCUUGUACGCUUAUUGCUGAAACAUUUGCAAUGACCUCGCCUCCGAUUUUGGCAUUACAAGGAUUCAGCCGACUUCUGUUAGCUGGCAUCCUGUUAGACACUGGGAAUCUCUCAAGCCCUGAUUCUACCACCAAGGAUAAAUACAUGGCUACAUUGCUGCUCAAUGGUGCUGGUCGUUUUGGAUGCAGUGGCCUAUACCAGAUAUUGCGGUAUAAACUAUAUGAUGUCUCUGACCUGAGAGUAGCUGAAAUUUUGGGAAAAGAUUUCAAGAAGUGGACAAGAGUAGGCAAGCAAGAAAAUGUUGGUUCGAGGAUGGUUUCGCGUGUUGGAAUGAGUUCUGUUGGCAUUUCAGUGGAGCAGCUUCUUGCACAUGGCGAUGCCUCAACUAGGGAAAUAAAGCAUUUUCAGCAAAUGGAGAAACUUCGUCUGCUCGUGAUUGUUUCAGGAUAUUAUGACGAGCAGAAGAAUUUCAAGAGAGAGAUACUGGUCUCAACUGAAUCUGUGGAGGUGAUGAAGAAGUUACUCCUCUUCUUCAAUUCUAACGCUUCUCAACUGCCUCUCAAAGCUCUUCACCAACAAGGGCUCGGAGACGAGAUGAGGGCGUUCGAGAUCGAUAAGGUUACAUCGAGAAAGACUAUCGAGCGGCUUCUGGAAGAGUUUGGCGGCACUUCCACCAACACCAAUCAUCAUUAUGUGCCUUCACGGCCUAAACAACAUCAUCAACAUGAAUGGCAAUGA